UUCCGUCUUUGGGGUCAAGGCUUGGUCACUAUUGCCUAAAUCAGAGGAAAAUUUGAGGAUGGCAUUCAAAGGUUCGUUGCGUCUGUCUCUGUCGUGAGUCUGCAUGGGUUCCACUUGCAUCCUCAGAUCAGGAGGUAGGAACAAAAUUGCUCUAGUUCGUCUUCCUUCCUUUGUAUUAACGGUGGAAGCGGUGGUGGCAGCUGUGGCGAGCAAAGCCUAAUCAUGCCUGUCCACCAGCCGUUCGAUGGCAGAGCUCUGCCUCUAAACACCACCGUGGUGGCCGUCGACAAAGGCAAGACCAGUGUAUAUGCCUUCCGGUGGGCCCUUAAUCAUCUUGAUAGUCCCAUCAUCGUCGCUCUCCACGUUAGGCCAAAACACAUUCCACCGCAUUACGUAGACCAGGGCCUCAAGGUUUUUCCCCCUGAGGAAAGCGAUGUAGCCAAUGUUUUUUCUGCAUUACGAGAAAUACGUUCCCAUAAGGCGGUGACGAUAAAAGAAGCCGUAGUUGAUGAUAGUGAUGUUGUCAAAGGAAUUUCAGACUUUGCAAACAAGCAUCACAUCAACAGUAUCGUUAUCGGCGCAACGGCUAGCUGGAACUCUCUGGCAAGGAAAUUUAUAGGUUUUGAUUUGCCAACGGCCAUAAUCAAAUCAGCUCCAGAUUAUACUUCUGUGUACAUAAUUUCAAAAGGAAAGAUAAUCUCAGCUCGAUCAGCCCUACGUCCUAUGUCGAGCGUGUUUGUCUCAUCAAAGCAUCCGCCGGCUCUUCAACUAAAUGAUGUAGAAAACGGAGUAAGGGAACAGGCAGCUAAAAGAGGAGGGAUGGCAGAGGGAUCAGUAAGAGCGUCUUCCGAGAGGAACAAUAACGGAGUAAGGCAAAAGAAUUCUGGCGGUUCGUCGAUGGAUAAAAUCAACUUGCCCAAUCGUGGGCCGAAGCCAUCAGCUGGCAUUGAUUCCUUUUCAGACGAAAGUGUUUCCUCAGAUCAGACUAAUCAAGAUAUGGGGUUUAGCUUUUCAUCUGAUGGCUCCAGGGUGUCGUCAUCUUCCCAGCCCUCAAAAGAACUAGAAGCUGAGAUGAAGAGAUUGAGGCUUGAACUGAAGCAAACCAUGGACAUGUACAGCUCAGCUUGCAAAGAGGCGAUCUCAGCAAAAAAUGAGGCUAACGAGAUUAAUCAAUGGAAACUGGAGGAGGCACGCAAACUUGAAGAAGCCCUCUUGUCAGGAGAGGCAGCUCUUGCACUAGCAGAAAAGGAGAAGGCUAGAGCUCAAGCUGCCAUAGAAGAAGCUGAGGAAGCCAAGAAAAUGGCUGAGAAGGAAGCAGAGAGGAGGAGACAUGCAGAGCUGAAGGCCAGGAAAGAGGCAGAAGAGAAGGACCGAGCAUUAACUGCUUUGGCUAAAAAUGACGUUCGAUAUAGAAAAUAUACUAUAGAGGAGAUCAAACAGGCUACUGAAAAGUUCUCCCCGUCCUUGAAAAUAGGUGAAGGUGGAUAUGGGCCUGUGUUUAAAGGUGAACUUGAUCACACCCCAGUUGCGAUCAAAAUCUUAAGACCUGAUGCUUCCCAAGGCAGGAAGCAGUUUCACCAAGAGGUUGAGGUAUUAUGCUGCAUUAGACAUCCUAAUAUGGUCCUCCUCCUUGGUGCCUGUCCUGAUUAUGGAUGUCUGGUGUAUGAAUACUUGGAUAAUGGUAGCUUAGAGGAUAGAUUACUUCAGAAGAAUAAUAGCCCACCUCUUUCGUGGAGGUUGAGGUUCACAAUAGCUGCUGAAAUUGCAACGGCACUUCUUUUCCUUCACCAAAGCAAGCCAGAGCCUCUUGUGCAUCGGGACCUAAAACCAGCCAACAUCCUCCUUGACCGGAAUUAUGUGAGUAAAAUCAGUGACGUGGGCCUGGCACGAUUGGUUCCGGCUUCUGUAGCUGAUUCUGUCACACAAUAUUACAUGACUUCGGCUGCCGGAACCUUUUGCUACAUUGAUCCUGAGUAUCAACAAACAGGAAAGUUAACAACUAAAUCCGAUAUAUAUUCACUGGGGAUAAUGCUGCUGCAAAUUAUCACAGCCAAGCCUCCCAUGGGUCUUGCUCACCAUGUCAAAAGGGCAAUGGAAAAGGGAAAGUUUUCAGAAAUGCUUGAUCCUACAGUGACUGAUUGGCCAAUUGAGGAGGCUCAAGCAUUUGCCAAAGUGGCAGUGACUUGCGCAGAGCUUAGCAAGAAGGACAGGCCUGAACUUGCAACAGUUGUUGUUCCCGAGCUUAACCGAUUAAGGAAUUUUGCUCUCUCGUCUCGCCCUAAUCCUAUUGUCACCGACAAUCAGAGUCAGGCGGAAUGCUCUCCUACACCUACACGAAAUUCAUGACCAAUUACAUUAAAUAAGAGUCGAGUUUGUGUACUAAUUAACCUUGCUAGAUUUGCUAGGAUCAAUACUCUAUUUAAGUGUCAAAACCUAAUCCUGCAUUCUUUCCAAAUUUAGUGUUGCAUGCAGAGGUUUUGAGAAUAUAAUUAUU